GUCCCUGUGUCCGUUGUUCUGUGCCACCUAGCACAAAUUUCCCAGAGGGGCAGAAAUAUCCCUUUUUCCUGGAACUGGGAUUGCCAGCAUCUGAAACUAAGAGUUUGCAAAGACGCGGGGGUGGCUGUCAUUGAGAAGAAACGUGUCCAUUCCUGCUCCUGCCCCAGAAGAAUUCUGACUAGGAGAAGUGUGUAAUCCAAGCUUUUGAAUGCCAGCAAAACUCGUGGGCAGGGCAAUGAACGGACUGCGGUCCAAGAGGAGAGAGGAGGUGGUCCUGGUUUGGCCACUGAAAUUGCAGGUAGAACAUGGCAGCCAGUCCCUUCCCAUAGCUCCUUCUGCUUUGGUCAUGCCUUUUGGAGUCAAGAACUCUACAGAUCUGCCUCCUGAAGCUGUUACAUUCCUCUGAAGUUUCCAUUUCAUUUCCUUUUUUACAGGUUAGGAAACCAAACCUCAGAAAAUUUAAGUAACUUUCAAAGUCACACAGCUGGUAAGAGAGCAGGCUAGGAUUUGAACCUGGAGAGUCUGACUCCAGCAUUAUGCCAGCUCCUCCAUGCUAGGCUGUCUGUAAGAGUUCUACUGGUCUCCAUAGCAACAAGGAAACAACAGUGGUGCUACUUUCUAACCUGGUCCUGGGGCCUCUGACUGCCUCCCUCUUUUUCUACACACUCUGCCCAACCUUCCUUGUACUAUAGGCCAUGGGAAUUAAAGCCUGGGUGGUAUCAGGCUCCUGGAGCCUUCUGUUUGGCUCUAGAGCCAAGAAACUGGAGGUUUUGGGGGUGAGUACAGGGGCAUGGUACAUAACUCUAGUGAGAGAUGAUUCUUUAGUGAUCUGAGAAGUGGAGACAAAGCUGCCCCUUAUGAGUGUACCCUGACUGAACUGUCAAUCAUCUGUUCUAAGGGGGGUCACUGUAUCCCUUUCCCCCUCUGCCCCUCACUAGCAUAAACUGUUAACCUAAGUAAGUCAGUCCUCACCUGCCACUUCCCAGGUAGCUAUCAGGUCAUGUCACAUUGGUCCUUUAUAACCUAUCACGUGCCCUGGAGAGCUGGACUCCUCUGGCCAUGUCUGAUAAUCAGAAGGGACAGGUGGGGCAGAGCCAGGGCAGCUGGGGAAAGCAAUAGCAAUAGCUCCCCCUAGCCUCUGCCCACUGGAUCCACAUAGUACCAGCCAGCUGACCUCACUCGGCACAGGAGGAUGUAAGGUCCAAGAUUGCUGUAGAUGCCUAAGCUCAUGAGCUCAAGACCCUCCUGCAGUCACCUAGGCUGAGUAGCUGGGUUUUCAGACUACCUGGUAUCCUGUUCUUCCAACUUCUGAGGACUAGGGAGAGGCACCUCUGCUGGAGCAGGGCUCACAUCUACUUACAGCAUCUGAUGACAUGGCAUGAGAAAAGACAAGGUUGUCUCCCACCUGAAGAAGACAAGUCGGGUCCCAAGUGAUGCCCCUGAGCUGAGUGCCUGUGGCCAACGUGAGGAGUCCCAUGGCGCCUCCUCUCUUCAUGGAGAAAGGAUUUGCUUUGUCCCAGGACUGCUGGGACUUCGUGCACAGCCUGAAGAUGAGGAGCAAAUAUACCUUGUUCCUGGUCUUUAUAGUGAUAGUUUUCAUCUUCAUUGAAAAAGAAAAUAAAAUCAUAUCCAGGGUCUCAGACAGGCUGAAGCAAAUCCCCCAAUCUGUGAUGGAUGCCAACAACACCGACCCAGCCCUGCUCUUGGCGGAGAACGCAUCCCUCUUGUCCCUAAGCGAGCUGGAUUCUGCCUUCUCCCAGCUGCAGAGCCGCCUGCACAACCUCAGCCUGCAGCUGGGCGUGGAGCCAGCGGUGGAGGCCCAGGAGCCAGAGGGGGUGGCAGAGAAGCCAUCCCAGCCUGCCAGCUCAGGACCCCGGCGUCACGUGCUCCUCAUGGCCACCACCCGCACGGGCUCCUCGUUCGUGGGCGAGUUCUUCAACCAACAAGGAAAUAUCUUCUACCUCUUCGAGCCGCUGUGGCACAUCGAGCGCACGGUGUCCUUCAAGCCUGGAGGCGCCAACGCGGCGGGCUCGGCGCUGGUCUACCGCGAUGUCCUCAAGCAGCUGUUUCUGUGUGACCUGUACGUGCUGGAGCCCUUCAUCAGCCCGUUGCCGGAGGACCACUUGACUCAGUUCAUGUUCCGCCGGGGAUCCAGCCGCUCGCUCUGCGAGGACCCGGUGUGCACACCCUUCGUCAAGAAGGUCUUCGAGAAAUACCGCUGCAAGAACCGCCGGUGCGGACCCCUCAAUGUGACCUUGGCCGCUGAGGCCUGCCGCGGUAAGGACCACAUGGCCCUCAAGGCUGUGCGCAUCCGACAGCUGGAGUUCCUGCAGCCGCUGGCAGAGGACCCGCGGCUGGACCUGCGUGUCAUCCAGCUGGUGCGCGACCCCCGGGCCGUGCUGGCCUCGCGCAUGGUGGCCUUCGCGGGCAAGUACGAGAGCUGGAAGAAGUGGCUGGUCGAAGGACAGGACCCGUUGAGGGAGGAGGAAGUGCAGCGGUUGCGGGGCAACUGCGAGAGUAUCCGUCUGUCGGCAGAGCUGGGCCUGCAACAGCCCGCCUGGCUGCGGGGCCGCUACAUGCUGGUGCGCUACGAGGAUGUGGCGCUCAGACCCCUGCAGAAGGCGCGCGAGAUGUACCACUUCGCGGGCAUCCCCUUGACCCCGCAGGUGGAGGACUGGAUCCAGAAGAAUACCCAGGCGGCCCACGACGGCAGCGACGUCUACUCCACGCAGAAGAACUCCUCGGAGCAGUUCGAGAAGUGGCGGUUCAGCAUGCCCUUCAAGCUGGCUCAGGUGGUGCAGGCCGCCUGCGGCCCGGCCAUGCGCCUCUUCGGCUACAAGCUGGCGAGGGACGCUGCUUCGCUCACCAACCGCUCCAUCAGCCUGCUGGAGGAGCAGGGCACUUUCUGGGUCACGUAGGGGGGCCCUGGGACCCCUUGGACCCCUCCUCGUGAAAGGUUGGCCCAGCUUUCCUCAUACCCAGGCCGGCAAUGAGUCGCAGCAAAGGCAAAGAGCCAAAAUGGGGAGCUCUGAUUGGAGCACAGCCCCUCCUCUAGCAGUAGCGCCCCCCCCACCCCCUCAUCCCCCGUCCAGCUAGCCUCCCCUGGGGCUCCUCUGAGAACAACACAGUGCCCUGUCCCUUUGACCAGGCUGGUCACACCCACACCUCAGAGCCUUCAGCGUCCUGAGUAGGCCCAGAUGUGUUUCUGCUUCUGCCUGUUGAUCCCCCGUGGCUCGCUUUCUCUCACACACAGAAACACACAUGAAGCACAGAAAAGCCUGGAGGCUGUGUGGGCCAGAGUCCAAAUAUUUAACGACCAGAAGUGGCUAGGCCCUCGAUAGUCAUUCAGACCUGCUGUAGGCGGUGUUAACCUUUUCCUAUCUGAGACAGAGAAACCUGGGGCCUAGUUGGGUCCUUACAAGGCAGAGGGCAGCCCAGGGUGAGGAAGAGGGCAUUUAAAGCUCCCAAGGUGACAAUGGCUGUUCACCAAUCAGUACAAAAUGAUUUGAUUCCCCAUUCUGUGUAGAACAAAACCCACAAAUAUAUAUAUAAAGACCCUAGGGCUAGGGGGUGUGGUUCAGUGGUAAAGCCCUUGCCUAACAUGCACAAGGCCUUAGGUUUGGUCCCCAGCACUACAAAUACAAGGUAAAACAAAGCAUACAUACAAACACAGCACACAGAUGAGAACACACAUAUACACAUGCACACACACUCGUAGGUACAGAAAACUUUUCCCAUUCUUUAUGGCCAUAGUGUUUUUCUCUAUCACAUUCCUAAAAAGGAGCUUUCAAAUAUAUUUUAGAGUUAUUUGAAAGGGCACUGCUCCCUGAGCAGGGCUGGGAUUGAACAGUUGCCUAAGCACUGACCCCUGAGUGUCUGGGAUUCUUGUGGCUACCACCUCUGACCCAUCCACAUGGCAUGACUGGCAGGCAGCAUGUUUACAGGUGGUAUGGUCAGCCUUCAGAUGACUGCGUUCCAAAGGUCCCAUUGAGCUCAGCUCACUGCUCAGGAGCAUGUCCAUAUUCGAAGGCUGCCUGGGCCUGACCAGCAGACCCAGCUUCAGUCUCUAGAGGCAGUAGACAGCUCACAGACACUAGUAUGUCCAGCCAGGCUUCCCUCAUCUGGGGCUGGCCAAGAACUUCCGCAAGCUCUGAAAGAAGUCACAUCAGGGCUCACCCUCCCUGAGCAGCCUGCCUUUUCCCUCCUGGUAGACAGAGGUCAGCCAGUGAGUUGCCAUGGUUAAACUAGUGUCUAAAAGGAAUGUCUGCUUUAAGGUUCUGGGAAGAGGCUUGCUCAACUUGGAAUAGGCUGGGGUUUUUUUUUUUGUUUGUUUUUGUUUUUUUAAGUUAUUUAUGGCUUGGUGCUUUUUUUGUUUUAUGGCUGUUUUUGGCCUUGUUUCUUUAGGAGUACUGCUCAGAAGCAGCUGGGUUUGAGCUGAGGAGGAUGGGGAGGCCAACAAGGAGCACUCAUUUCCUGGCAGAGGGGAAGACCAGAAAGGGGGCUUUCCCUCAGGUAUGAUCAGAGCCACACAGAGGCCCGAGGCUGCCUACAGGCAGUUCUGUGUGAACUCCAUGUGGACUGACUCUCAGAAGCCACCAAUGAGGCUGGAGCACAGUUAGGAGAAUACUUGCCUAGCAUGCCAGAAGCCUCAGUUCUUAGUACUACACAAACCAGGUAUGGUGGCACAUGCCUGUAAUCCCAGUACUCAGGAGAUGAAGGCAGGAGGAUUCAAAGUUAAACGUCAUCCUCAACUACAUACUGAGUUUGAGGCCAACCUAGGCUACAUGAAACCUUAACUUUAAAAAAAAGGCCACCAGCAUUCUUUCCAAGUAUCCUGAGCAGUCUGUAUUUCCCCCUGGAGAACAAACUAUGUUUGAAAAUCCCUCAUAGAGUCCAACACAUAUCCUGGAGGGAGGGGAGUAAAGUGUGGGAGUCCAGCUGGCACUGCUUCGGAGGAGGAACCAGUGACCCAGCAGGACACUGCAGUUUUUGAAGGUGAGGACACUGGCCAACUUGUGGGUUCAUUAUCUCCCUGGUCACUACGGGGUCCCAUGCACAGGGGAGCUUCAGUCCUUUGAACAAACCUUUCCUCUGGGUUUUGACAGUCAAAGAACAAACUGUGCAAGAGGCUGGCUCUUAUUUGGGGUCAAAGGGACACUAGCUCUUGGUACUUGAUAGGGACAGGAAGCUGUGGGUAGGCUCAAGAGUGCCAGCAUCUUCCCACUCCCUCCCACUAUCCCCACCCAGGCCAGGGUCCUGGCUCUGUUCCCCACAUGGGGUGGGGAGGCUGGUCUGGGCACCUCUUUCCUUCUUUCCUGCCUCUGGGGCCCAGGCCUCCAUCUCUCAGCUCUCUGAGGACAGUUCCCAGAAUGGAUCUUUGGGACUUCUCAGGACAUUGACAAUGUUGUAUACGCUGCAAAUUGACUUUAUUUAUUUUGUGAAAAGAAGAGACUGAUAAUAUUAUUUGCAAGGGCUCAAAGCUGUACCCAAAUCAAGAGGUACAGUAAUAAUAAUAGGAACCAUUCACAUGCCACACACAUCAGGACACCUGGAGACAGUUCUGAGGACGAGGCAGGACCAAGACAGUGGCACCAGCUCAUGGUGACCCAGAAUGCUAAGGAGGUUCUGCGACUUCUCUCAUUAAUCUGAAAAAACCAGAAGAGGCCGUUUUCUGCUAUGAUACCUUUGCUCAGGUGUCUGAGAUAGGCGUGGCCUUGAAACAGCCUCUUGAGGCUCAGCAAUCUGGUAUGAGCCCUCAGGUUUGGGGAGGGACAGUAUAGGGGUAAAUAUUGGCUGUAUCCACUGGGCAUGUGCUGGAGUUGUGUUUUAGGGCUCUCAGCAUAGAGCUGGGUGGAAAACGUGAUCCUGCCAGUGGCAUGGGGGCAGCUGCUAACCCAGCUCCAAAGAGGAGCGGGCACCCAAGGGCCCAUCACAGUAACAUCCUUUCCUACCAUUUUGGUUACCACGGAAGGGGCUCCAGCAGGAAGUCAUGGGUCUCUGUCCCUGAUGAGCAGCCUGGCCUGUGUGGUAGGAAGGCAGCAGAAGCACUGAAUGGCUUGAUCCCAGCUCUAGAGAUCUGUUAACCCUCUCUUGUACCAGAACCUGUUUCAGUUGAACGUGGGCUUAUCCCUUGAGAGGUCCUGGACUUUUAAGGAUAGAAGCAGAAGAUUGGGUGCCUGAAUCCUCUCCUACGACACCCACAAAGGCAGAAGAUGGUUCAAAGACAGGAAGAGCAAGGGGUGGGGUGGGGAUCAGACCCUUGAAGAAGCCAAAUGGGUCCUGCCAACCUGUCUGCACCAAAAGAAACAACAUCACUCAAAUCAAGGCCCCAAAUUGGUGUGUUGUUUGUGAAGACCUUGAGGUAUGGUUCAGCUUGAUGGGAAGGAGGAGAUGGGUUUCCUGAGCACAACUACAUCCCCUCCCAACUUCCCACAUUCUCAGAGAGACUAGAACCAUGCUUUACCUCAAAAACAUGAGGCAGAACUGGCAACUUCCAAUGCCUUAAGAUCCUUUGACCUGUAUCCUCUGUCAUUACAUGGGAACAGACUCCUUAUGUGUUUCUAAGGACAGAAGCAUGACACUAUCAUAACUGUCUUAGCUCAUGCUGCAGACCAGCUGCUUAGUGGACAAACAGAAUGACCAUAUCACAUGGUUCUGCCAACUUUGGGCUUGAACUUGACCCCCUGCGAAGUUCCCAUCUCACCUGCAUAGUCUAGUCUCUGUGCCUAACAACUGUCCUCCCCUCCAUCGUGGGCCCUACAGAUACUACCUUUGGGCCUAGACCUGGACCCUGCGUCCUGCCUCACUGCCACACAGUACAGGACAUCCCCUUCCCAGCCCGCACAGCCAUGACAUGUACAUAUAUGUUCACAUGUAUGUACAUACAUGUGUGGUACAUUCUGCUCUGCCUCUGGUGCUGCCCCACAUGGCCCCAGCUUUCUUGCAAUCACUAUCCCAGAUGUCCUCACUGUGGUCACAGACAGCCACAGUCAAUCUUUCAUCUCCUGGAAAGGCCAGGCCUGCCCAUCUGAGAACUGGCCUGGUGCUCAGGGUCUGCUUUGUGAAAUAGAAUGUGAACCCUUUGCCUGGUGGCUUACCUGACUUAUUUAAUUAAAAAUGGAAACAUACAACAAA